ACUCACCUCCCCAGUCAGUCCCGCUUUGAUAGGACAGCGCUGGCUUCCUGCUUUUAUGUUUCUGAUGCGAGUAUGGUCGCCGUGCCAGACCAGUGAUAUCAAUACUACCUCACUGUAACAGUUUUUCGGCACAAUUAAUGCCUCCUCGAUACGAAUAGUCAUAGCCUACAUAUGCUAUAAAUACUUGAAACGUCGGAGUGGACUGCUUGCAAUAACCUGAGUGUCUACAGUUUGACUGGGUUCCCACUGCUCUGGGAACAUAUCUGAUGGGGUUUGGGGAGGACCUGUGGUGUCCCCAGGCCAACGCGGCCCUGAUGCGGCUACAGGACUCGGAGCUGCGUCUGAUGGAGGUGAUGAAGAAGUGGAUGAGCCAGCGGUCCAAGAGCGACCGGGAGUUCUCUGUUCAGCUGCACCAGAUGGCUGCCAUGGUUGAGAAACUGGAGGGGCCCCAGCCUGGGGGAGGACCGGACUACAUCAGCCAGCUCAGUCAGUCGUGGGGUGUGUUGGUGGCUCAGACGGAGAGUUUGAGUCGUGUGAUGCGGCGGCAGUCUGAGGACCUGCAGGUUGGGCCUCUCAGCAAACUGACCCUGCUGAUCAGAGACAAGCAGCAGCUCAGGAAGACCUACGCAGAGCAGUGGAGCCAGCUCAGCCAGGAGCUCAGCAGGGUCAGACACACACACNCCCUGCUGAUCAGAGACAAGCAGCAGCUCAGGAAGACCUACGCAGAGCAGUGGAGCCAGCUCAGCCAGGAGCUCAGCAGGGGGGUUCAGCACCACUACAGCCAGGCCCAACCUGCCCUGCUCAUGGCACUACAGAGCCUACAGCAGGAGAUGGUACUCGUACUGAAGGAGAUCCUGCAGGAGUACUAUGACAUAUCCAGUAUGCUCCAACAGGAGGUCGUAUCUGUCCACGAGGAGAUGUCUGCUGCUUUGAUGGCCAUAGAGCCACACAGAGAGUAUGAGAGCUUCAUCCAACAGAACAGGUCUGUAGGGGAGGUUCCGGUGUGUGUAGAGUUUGACUCUGGUCUUCUGGAGAACACAGAUCGACUAAAGACUGGAGAGCUGGAACUAAAUGAGCUUACAGUGGAGGGGAUCCAGCACAGGUUGACUGCAGUGGAAGAGGAACUGCUGUCUCUGGCUGGUAAUGUGGUUUCCCAACAGGCCUCAGUCAACCAGCUGGAGUUGGAGCUGGAGGCAGAGGAAGAGGGCAUCAAACGGGGUCAGAGGUGGCCUGCCCUGUCCAGUCCCAGAGUUAGAGCGCCCCCUGGAGCAGCAGAACUGGUACCACGGAGUCAUACCAGGCUGGAAGUCCAGGAGCUGCUGAGGGUAGCGAUGGAGACUUCCUGGUCAGCACGAGUCAGGGCAAGCAGGAGGACCUGGCAGCCCGUAACUGUCUGGUGGGAGACAGACAGGGUGAAGAUCAGUGACUUUGGGAUGUCUCGCGAGCAGCAGGACGGGGUCUACUCUGCCGCGGGGGGCCUCAAACAGAUCCGGUCAAAUGGACGGCCCCGAAGCCCUCAACUAGGGAGGUACACCACGGAGAGUGCAUGUGGAGUUUUGGAGUUCUCCUAUGGGAGAUAUUCUCCAGGGGAGUCACCCCCUACCAGCAUGUCCAACAGCAGACCGGGACGAGGUGGAGAAGGCUGGAAGUCCCAGGAGCUGCUGAGGUGUGAUGGAGCACUUCCUGGUCAGACAGAGUCAGGGCAAACAGGCAGAAUAUGUACCCUGGAUGGAGGAGGGAUUCCACACCGUUCCAUGCUGAUGAACCACUGGUCUCGUCACACCAACAUUCACAAGAGGUCUGACAUUGUCCUGAAGAGACCUGUCCUCAAGUUGAAUGGGUAUGGCAUCUCUACAGGAUCACUGUCAAAUGUAAUAGCUGUCUCAAUGCUGCRCCCUGCCUGUGUUUCAGGGAGGUACACCACGGAGAGUGACGUGUGGAGUUUUGGAGUUCUCCUAUGGGAGAUAUUCUCCAGGGGAGUCACCCCCUACACCAGCAUGUCCAACCAGCAGACACGGGACGAGGUGGAGAAAGGAUACCGGAUGCUAGCCCCAAACUCCUGUCCUCCAGAUGUGUAUGCCAUUAUGUGUCGCUGCUGGCAGUACGACACCAGGAACCGGCCGUCSUUCAGCAAACUCAGGACCGAACUCAGUGCUUUAUACCACAAAGUGUCCUUACUCAAGUGACUUGUUUGAUUCUCUUUUACCUUUUUAUAUGGAGCAAAUGUUGCCUUUAUUUAAUAUACAUUGAUUAUAGAGAACCAGUUGCUAUGUGAUCUUGAUUUUACCAUAUUUAAGUAGUGAUAAUGCGCCAGGCUGUGAGACCACAGGUAAUGUAAAUACACAGGACAUGUGUGUAUUGAAAAUAUUGGUACCAUAUUCUACAAAGUAGAAUAUUCUAUCUGUUGAAUGUUGCUAUUGUUUGCUGUAUUACAUUACUGUAAAUGUACAAAUUGAAUGUUCCUAUUAUAUUAGCUUCAAAGAGUUGAUGGGA